AUGAACAGCAAGGCAGGACCGGUCCCCCAGACUCUCAACCGCCGCAAGCUACUCCCACCUGUCUGCAGCCAUGCUCGAGGUAAAUCCCGCAGACCUGCAGCAAGUCCUUCAGCCACUGCUGGUUCAAAAUGCUCAUACCUGUUUACUACCAGUAGUGAUGACCUGUUCCUGCCCACCUGCCAAGAUGAGGUGCUGGUGGACAACCUGCUUGCCAGUGAGGACUUGGAUGGGGACGAAGCAGGCCUCUCCCUGGCCAAGGCCCUGCUUCCGCUGGUCGAGUGUGCCUCCACUUCCCCCAUCCCCUGGGUCUGCUCCACCCGCUACAAGACAGAGCUCUGCACCAGCUACUCCACUACUGGCUCCUGCAAGUACGCCGAGCGCUGCCAGUUUGCCCACGGCCUCCCCGAGCUCCACGUUCCCUUCCGCCACCCGAAGUACAAGACUGAAUUAUGUCGCAGCUACCACACGACUGGCUACUGCUACUAUGGCAGCCGCUGUCUGUUUGUCCACAACUCCACUGAGCAGCGCCCUGUCCUACGCCGCCGCAGGAACAUCCCAUGCCGCACCUUCUGCUCCUUUGGCAUCUGUCCCUUCGGCACUCGCUGUAACUUCCUGCACAUUGAGGGAGAACAGGCUGGUGAUACUCCCUCUGCUCUCAGCCCCAAACUCCAACCACAGACCAAGGAGUGGAAGCCUCGAGGAGCUCUGUGCCGUACCUUCAGCUCCUUCGGUUUCUGCUUGUAUGGUACACGCUGCCGCUUCCAGCACGGCCUCCCCAACAAGACCAAAACCUUGGACCAGAGUCCAGGAGGAUCCCUAUACACCAAUCCAUCUGUUUGCAGCUCAGGUUUACCUUCCCCCUCUUUUUUUAGUUCCACCCCAAACUCUUCAAGCACCUCGUCUCCUCCAUCAACCUCUCCUCUCACCACCCCGCCUGCAGAGGCCAUAGCCCACAAUGCCUUCACCUUCUCCAGCCAGCACCUGAGUGACCUGCUGCUGCCAUUGGCUCUUCACCUGCAGCAGCUGGAGACUAGCAAGGCCCAGCAGAUAUGGGACAACAGGGCCGUUUAG